CUGUUCGACGGUCCGACGGGUGUGCGACGACGAGAGAAUCGCGUUCUCAACUUCUCGCAAAUCGUGGAUAUCGCGGUCGUGCGAUCUCAUUCUACGAACGGGAUUUUUUCCCACAAAACGAAAUUUAAAGUCGUAACAUCAUUUUCUACACAUUCGUGUAUUACCGCUUAAAAACCAAAACGACUUUCACCGGAUACAUCGAUAAUUUGAUUAACGAAAGCAAGGGGGCUCGCAAAUUAUCCCACAUAACAUUGAAUUUAUUCACAAUGUAUCCGUGUGUUUGGUCAGUUACCGAUAUAUCUGUGUGAUGUACAGUGUUGUUCGUUUAAGUGACAAAGCAAAAGCGUUGGCUCCCAUUCGAGACUAUUAUCCUAUUCGUGAUUACGUUGGGCCGGGAACUGGCCACUUGGUUUAGUCGCCGCGGGGACUCCAAAGCGGUAAAUACGGAGGCGCAGAUCCUGCUUCGCAUCAUUUAUCGUCAGGAUUGCGAUUUAAAAAUGGUGCAGCAAGAUUUGACUUAGGCAAGUCAGACUCAUAUGUUCAAGUGGUAGUCGGGAAUGGCUCGGGGUGGCUCACGGGUGUGAGCUCCGCGAGAGCUACAGACACUCGGCAAGUCAAGUGUAGUGUUGUGUAGUGUCUAGUCAUAGAGUGUGUGUGUUAGUGACGGUGGAGCCGGGAUGCCCUCCGUGAUGUUGUCCGCGGUGCUUGAAGAGGAGCCCGAUCUGUAUGAGGCGUUCCCCCCUCAUGUUGACCCCACCGGUAUCACAAUCCUCACUGAUAGCCCACCAGGCAAAAAAGCGCCCCUCAAAACAUUCGAGGAGAUCCAGCCCCUCAUCCAACAGGGCCGCAAGCGCGAGCUCAAGCUACUCAUCAGAGAAAACUCCUGGCCAAUCAACAGCCCCGUCCGCGCCUCCCUCUGGCCAGCUCUCUGCAGACAACAUCAACAUGGAAAGUCUAUGCUUGAUGGAUUCUACUGGGACAUGGUUACACAGGUGUUCGGCACAGUUGAGUUGCCGGACAAGCCGAUCAUGUUGCCGCCUUUCGUGGAGGCGACCCACUGCCUCGGCUACCAUCUGACUCGCAAGGGUCGGGCGGUCGCCGACAGGGUUGUCUCCGUCCUUGGGUACGCCUGCCCCGACAUCACGUACAGUCCUAGCCUGUACCCUAUCACCGCUGCGUUAUUGCACUUCAUGCCUGGUAAGUAUUGCUUUAUUAAAUUCUCUUCAGGAGUAUUAUCUCUUUAAAGUGUAUUUGAGUCUUCCGCAAACCUUUUUGCUACUAUGACAACUAUUUCAUGAUUUCUAACACCAUUUUUAUGUUGUUUAAUAGUAUUACUCAUCACGACGCUUUAUUAAUUAAAGAAAAUCCGGUUCAACUUGGCUUCCAUAUACAUAAUUAUAUUUUUUCUAACGGUUUGUGUGACAAUAUGUCGAUGUCGUGCGUUAGAAUUUACAUUAUUUGAAUUACAAAGCAGCUCGUCAUGUACACCUUUUAUUGCUUUUUAAUAUUAAACGCAUUUCUCAAAAAUGUCAGAAUAUGUUUUUAUGGUAAUCAGUUUUAAUUUAAAUUAAAUUAAUCUUAUGACAGCUGAAACAAUUUAAUAUAAGAUAAAUUGUUAAGAGAAUGAAAUGGAAAUAUUGGAAACUUUGAAGUUCCCCUCGUUUAGAAUACCAAAUCUUAAUGUGAACGUUCAAUUUACUCGGGCGGUGCGGAGGCGGCUUUAUUAAUUAGUAUUAGAGCUAUCUCCCGAAGUAUGAAUGGAAGUUGUUAAAUUUAUUACUGUGCCACGCUCGGUUUAUGAACACUAUAGCCACUUUAUUGAUUGUCAUUACUUCUAUUAUGACGGUAUUUAUUAUUAUAACAAUAUACGGCCGUUUAAUCGAUUUCACUUAA